GAUGUUUCUGCAGAGAUUAUAGAUUAUUUCUCACAAAUCUGUGUGGACAGCCCUAGAUGCGUACAGUUGUGGAAGUACCAACGCCCCCCUCCCCCACCCCGUUGGGCCCAUUCAUUUUUUAUCACCCAGUCGGAAAUAAUCGGACUGUUUUACCGGGGAAUCGAAUUUUCUAGUGCAGCGGCAGCUUGAGAGAUGACGGAAUUAUUCUCAUUUCAAGCGGAAUUACCGUUCCACCGCCCCUCGUAGUGUUCCCAUUUUCCCUAGAACGUGUCCAAAACGGAUUAUGUCCAUCUGACAUUGCACUAACGACCCCCCCUCCCCCCAAAUUGCCAGCAAUUUAGAAAUAAAGUGAGAAAUUUGUGAAGGUUUUAUUGAUCAAUCGGUAAUUCCUGGAAAUGGAGACGAUUAAUAAACUGGAGAGUGAUAUAUUCGACGAGAGUGAGCUUCAACUCCCUCCGGAUCUUGAGGAUGAUGUAGUCCAGGAGGUGCUCAGAACUGGAACUGAUCUUCGCCAGUACUCUAGGCAGAUUGAGAAGGAACUGAAGGAGGUGGAGAACAAGAGCAUUCAGGAUUACAUCAAGGAGAGCCAGAACAUUGCUAGUCUGCACAAUCAAAUUGCUGCUUGUGAUAAUAUCUUGGAGAAAAUGGAGUCGAUGUUGAUUGGAUUUCAAACGGAUCUGGGGAGCAUCAGCACGGAGAUAUUGAACUUGCAGAGACGUUCGAUAGCUAUGAGUCAACAGUUGUCCAAUAGACAGUCAAUCAGGGGUCCAUUGAGUCAAUUCAUCGAGGACAUGACCGUAUCUGAGUCCUUAAUCAUGGGUAUCAUGGAAUGCCCAGUGACAGACAAAGAUUUUUCAACUCAUCUGCAGACACUCAAUCACAAAAUCAAUUUUAUAAAGGAACAAAGCUUCAAGGAAGCCAAAUCCACUCUCGACGUCAGAGAUAUUGUUGAGAAGUUGAAAAUAAAAGCGAUGGCUAAAAUACGAACAUAUUUGCUGGAGCAAAUAUACAAAUUCCGGAAGCCAAUGACCAACUAUCAGGUGCCCCAGAAUAACAUGCUGAAGUACAAAUUUUUCUUCGAAUUUAUUUUGGCUAAUGAGAGAAAUGUCGCUGAAGAAAUUUGUGGGGAGUACGUUGAUACGAUGAGUAAAAUUUAUUACUCGUACUUCAAGAGCUACUCAUCGAGGCUCAUGAAAUUGCAGUUCGAAGAGAAACCAUCGAAGGAUGAUCUGAUGGGAGUCGAGGACAAUGUGGGGAGAGGAAUAUUUCAUAAGACAACAUUGAAACACAGGGGAACUGUUUUUUCGAUUGGAACGAGGGGUGAAGUAUUGGGGGCACAGUUGGAAGAGCCAAUUAUUGUUCCUCAUACUGCAUCAAAAAUUAGGUACCACUACGAAGCACUGUUCAGAAGCGAGCAAUAUGCUCUGGUGGACAAUGCCUGUCGUGAAUACCUAUUCCUGACUGAAUUUUUCAAAGUGAGAGGAGUACAAGCCAUGGACAUCUUCAACCAGGUGAUGGGGAGUACUUUAACCCUGAUGCAAAAAAAUCUCCAAUCCUUCGUCGACGAUUGCUACGACACAAUAGCCCUUUUUCUGUGCCUCCACUUGGUGAUGCGAUACCAGAUGACGUGUCACAAACGAGCUGUACCAGCACUUGAUAAAUACUGGGACAAUUUAACAUCCAUCAUAUGGCCGAGAUUUUACACUGUUUUCACAUUGAAUAUACAGAGUGUCAAGGACUGUGAUCCAUUGAAAUUUCAUAAAGAGACAGGGCCACAUUACAUCACAAGGAGAUAUGCAGAAUUUUCAGCCGCAAUGGUGGGCGUUGGUGAGGGAUUUCCCUGCGAAGGUGCAACCCAACUGUUAGCUGAACUCCGAGAAGCUGUUCAAUGCUAUUUACUUCGUAUGGCUGCCAUUUUCACAAACAGAACCCAGCAAUUGGUGUUUCUCAUCAAUAACUACGAUCUGGUGCUCGGCGUGCUCAUGGAAAGAACGAGAGACAAUUCGAAAGAAGCCGAGAGUUUUCGUGAGCAGUUAAACUCUCGUUCCUCCGAAUAUGUGGAAGAAGUACUGUCUCCCCAUUUCGGGGGUAUAAUUCAACUAGUCAAAGAAUCCGAAGCCAUGAUGGAAAAAGGAUUGACAGAGGAUCUUAAACGAACAGAGCCACGAGCACUCGAUCUCGUACAGUCAUUUACGAAUAACUGGAAACGCUCGCUGGAGGAGAUCAACCGUGAAGUUUUAAAAUCAUUUCCAAAUCUGGUGCUGGGCGCUGCACUUGUGCAGAGAGCUAUGACGCAAUUAGUUCAGUACUACAAUCGAUUGCACAAGAUUCUCCCUGCUAAUGCGAGAGCACAGCUCACCAAUAUCCAUCACAUCAUGGUGGAGAUUAAAAAAUAUAAGACUAAUUACUAAGUCAUUAGGUUCAUUGUGAAUAUCGUUCGUUAUGGGAAGAUUUAUUGAUUGUGCCAAUGAGAUUGGCUAUUGUUUAAAUUCUCUUACGAUGGUGAAACGUUUUUUAUGGGGAAUUGAAAAAUUUCGUCUGGAAGGACUUCAUGUUUUUAUUUGUUAAUAAAGAAAUAUUUGAGA